GUCUGAGUUCGACCACCUCGACCCAAACCAGCGGCCUCUUUCCACCAGUCCAUUUCCAAUUUCGUCACCACCACCACCAUGAAGCUCCACACCACGCUCCUCGCGCUCUGCGCCGCGGCCGCCGUCGCUGACAUCGUCCCCGAAGGCGGCAACCCCGAGAUCGUCGGCGGCACCGAAGUUCCCGUCGGCCAGUUCAAGUACAUUACCGGUCUCCGCGGCGGGUCGGCCACGUCCAGCAGCCGCUGCGGUGGCACGCUCAUCGCGCCCAAGUACGUGCUGACGGCGGCCCACUGCGUUGCCGGGUUCACGAUCGACUACGCGGCCGUGGGCACCCACUACACGUCGGGUGGCGCCGACGGCGAGCGCAUCCGCGUCGUCAAGGCCAUCGCGCACCCGCAGUGGACGAGCGACGAGAUGCACUACGACUUUGGCAUCCUCGAGCUCGAGCGCGCGAGCAGGGAGACGCCUGUGACGCUCAGCUUUGACGACGACGCGUCCAACGCGCCGGGCGUCGUCGCCAAGGUGCGCGGCUGGGGGACCACGCGCUCCAACGGCGCGCAGUCCAAGGUGCUGCUCGAGGUCGGCGUCAAGGUCUGGGCCAACGACCAGUGCGCCAAGAACCUCAACGGCAUCCACGAGUCCAUGAUCUGCGCGGGCGGCGUCAAGGGCCAGGACUCGUGCCAGGGCGACUCGGGUGGUCCGCUCACGGCCACCAAGAACGGCAAGGAGGUCCAGAUCGGCGUCGUCAGCUGGGGCGAGGGCUGUGCGCAGGCCAACAAGCCGGGUGUCUACUCGCGCCUCUCGUACGGCAAGGACUUUAUCGCGCCGUACCUCACUAAGUCGAGCCUCCGCACCGAAGCCAACUAGACUUGGAGUUGUGAUUGGUCGUUGAAUCGUCUCUGUGUCAUCGCAAACAUUGUCGCGCGUCCUAUAUAAGUCUAACCUGUGAACGUUGUUUUCCAU